GACCGACCCGGACCGUUUUAAAUUUUUGAAAAGACUACCCGGACCUAACUCGGACCGAGCCUGGCUGUCAGGUUCCAACUUGUGUUCCUGGACCCUAUUGCCCACCCCUGCUCGAUUGUCUUACUGUCUUAGCAUCUUGAAGAUGAACGCUCCGCUUGUAGCUCCGUCUAUUUUCCGCUCCGGCUUCUGCAUCCCCCUUUUACGGAUUUACAAUAAUCAAUUCAAUAAUAUCUUUAAGUACAGUGAUGCAAUCGUCUCCAACCUUCCUCCUUCCAGACCUUUCUUUUCGCUCACCUCCCCUGCUCUUCGUUUGCCUCCUCUCACCAUGGCAUCUUCCACUAAAACGCCUACCCAGGGGUUCAGUGAGGCUGGCAAUGAAGUUAAUGUUUUCCAGUUAAUUCAAGUUCAUCAGGAAAAAGCUGCCAGACUGCCUCCAAUUGAGGAAGUUAGGACGGUUCUCAAUUAUAGCCUGCGUGGAGUGCUCUCCACUUUCUCACAGAAAUAUGAAGGAUAUCCAUCAGGUUCCAUGGUUGAUUUCGCUUGUGAUGCCAACGGAUCUCUAAUAUUAUCAAUCAGCAAUUUGGCAGCGCAUUCAAAGGAUCUCUUAGCUAACCCCAAGUGCUCAUUGCUUGUUGCAAAAGAUCCCGAGGAUAAGACCGAUUUAAUCAUAAAUGUGUAUGGUGACAUUGUUCCUGUUUCUGAGACAGAGAAAGAGGAUGUCCGUGCUGCAUAUUUGGUUAGGCACCCUGAUGCAUUCUGGGUUGACUUUGGAGAUUUCCAUUUCCUAAGAAUUGAACCCAAGGUUGUGCGAUAUCUAUCUGGUGUUGCAACUGCUUUAUUGGGAUCAGGAGGUUUGUAGCUUUUGUAUUUCCAAAGAUUUUACUUCCAGUCCUUUCCAUCUUCGUUGUUUUUUUCAGGUAUUUGAUUUCCCCUAUUCUUGGGAUAAUCUCUCUUGUAAUAGUUCAGCAAAGAGGAUCUCAGAGCUGCAAAAAUUGAUCCCAUUUACCAAUUCUCUAAGCCAAUCACAUCCCACAUGAAUAAAGAUCACAUGGAAGAUACCAAACUGAUUGUGCGGCACUCAACAUCUGUUCCAGUAGAGUUCGCUUGGAUGCUGGAUGUGGACAGUCUUGGAUUCUAUGUUAAGGCUGUAUACCAAGGGAGUACUUUCAAGCUUCGAGUUCCUUUCCCUAGACCAGCAAUGGAUAGAAAGGAUGUUAAGACCCUGAUAGUUGAAAUGCUAGAGGCUGCAAGAACUCAAGGUGUUUAGUUCACAAAUCUGGCUUACUGUUUACACUUCUGAUAUAUGAAACGAA